AUGAAAACACUUGCCAACAAGGUUCUCUCAUCAUCAAUUAUUACUGCUUCUCGAGGAUCCUCAUCAUCUCUCAAGAAUGGUUCUAUUCUUGUUGGUGGUAGUUGUGGAUUGAUGAUGAUUAAUUUUAAUUCCGUACCACUGAUCAAUGUCGGAAAGCAUCAUCAAUUAAACUUUUCAAUGGAAAUUGCAAAUAGAAGAAAUUAUCAUACAACAAGUAGUAAAAUGUUCUUUGAUUUGAAAAAGGCUAAACAACAAGCAGCAGAGAAAGCAGUUUAUUCCGAACAAGAACAGAAUGAAUUGAUCAAAAAUUAUCAAGUGCUUGAGGACAAAUUUAAGAAAUUAACUGAAAAUAUUAUUGAAUAUCGUAGAAAUCAUCCUACUCCUGUUCAAUUGGAAACUAAUCACUUAUUUGUUGAAGUUUGUGAUAUCAUUAAUUUUUGUUACAAAACCUUUCCAAAAACUAAUGAUCCAGUUAACAUGCAAGUUAGAUUCUUCAAAUCAAAUGUUGGUAUGAAGUCAUAUGUCUUGAUGAAGAAGGGUUGA